CAACUCCAACCACUUGCAAAGAGAGGCUCUAACCGUUGGUCAGUUGGGAAGUGAGAGGAGAGAGAGAGAGAGAGAGAAAUCACAAAAAUGGCGUCAAGUUCAACUACCAUCUCUCUUUCCUUAGCUACAACAGCUUUAAUCUCCCACCAAAGAACAACAACCUCCGUUGCUUCCACUCUCAAACCCCAUGAAAGGACCUUAUUACCACCAUCUUCACUCCUGGGCACAAGUAUAAACCUUGAAAAAACGAGCCUAAGACCAAGACCAAUUACAAGAAGCAAGGAAAGAAACUCUAGCCAUGGAGCCACUUGCUUGGCUUCUUCUUCUCCUCCUCCUCCUCCUCUUCCCUCGGCGCUUCUUUUCGACUGCGACGGAGUGCUUGUUGACACAGAGAAAGAUGGUCACCGCAUUUCUUUCAAUGACACCUUCAAUGAGAGAGAACUGGGUGUUACCUGGGAUGUUGAAUUGUAUGGUGAACUCCUCAAAAUUGGAGGUGGAAAAGAGAGAAUGACAGCCUACUUCAACAAGACAGGUUGGCCGGAAAAAGCUCCGAAGAGCGACGAAGAGAGAAAGGAGUUCAUAGCUUCACUUCACAAGAGAAAGACAGAGUUGUUCAUGGUUCUCAUUGAGAAAAAACUCCUGCCUCUUCGACCCGGCGUAGCCAAGCUGAUUGAUCAAGCUUUGGCAGAAGGAGUCAAAGUUGCUGUCUGUAGCACUUCUAAUGAGAAGGCGGUCUCUGCAAUAGUGAGUUUUUUGUUGGGACCCAAGAGGGCGGAGAAAAUCAAGAUAUUUGCUGGAGAUGUUGUUCCUCGCAAGAAGCCUGAUCCGGCCAUUUACAAUCUGGCAGCCAACACCCUCGGAGUCGAUCCUUCAAGUUGUGUUGUGGUAGAGGACAGCGCUAUAGGCCUUGCAGCCGCCAAAGCUGCCGGAAUGACAUGCAUAGUGACUAAAAGCGGAUACACAGCAGAUGAAGACUUUUUGAAUGCUGAUGCAGUUUUCGACUGCAUCGGAGAUCCCCCAGAGGAACGGUUUGACUUGGCAUUUUGUAGAAGCCUUCUUGAGAAGCAAUAUGUAAGCUAGCCACUAUGCAAGUCAUGUUAGUUCUUUCAUCUCUCUCUUUUUUUUUUGGUUGGGUCCUUCAAAAAGCCUCUUCUAAUGAGAAUAAUAAUAUAGGGCGUUUGUAUGGAUGCGCAAGUCUAAUCCAGGCCCUUUAAAUUCCCACGGUCUGUGGUCUAUUAUUGGAAUCUUGACCUGAAAAUUCUUGUGUUUUACUGGAGGUAGUAAAAGUUCUCUUUCACAAUUUUUGCAAAGCAUUCACUGGAGUGGAGAGUAUGGUCUUAUGGACAUCAUAUUUUUUUACUUAUUAACAACUAUGUAACAACAUGCUUUCAACUAUAUGUUAUGUACUUUGGACUUUUUAGGAACUUAGACUUCUAUCUAAUUAAAAGGUCAACCUCUUAAUAUGUGA